AUGUCGAGCGCUUCGCCAUUACCCACGCCCGCCCAGAACGUGGUGCUGGACACCUCCAAGUUACCCGCAUCCUCGUCCGCGUCAGUCUGGGAUCGCAUUUCCAACUGGGUAUCUGAAAACAAGGCCCUGGUCUACACCAUUGCCGGUGUCUCGGUCGUUGUGACGACCGCUGGUGUCGUUUACUACCUGUCCGACUCCAAGGGUGGUGCUGGUGCUGGUGCUGCCGCGCCGGCGGAGAAGAAGAAGAGCAAGAACCAGCGACGGAAAGAGAAGAAGAAGGCGGAGGAUGAGAAGAAGUCUAAGGCCGCGUCUGUUCAGGAUGGUAGGUCUUGA